AUGUCGGUUAAGGUGGCGGAGUCCAAGGAGGAGACAGUAGCCCUCAACAAUGGGGAGAAGCCUCAAGAAGACAUCUUAUGUCGUAUCAUCACGCAUGUUGGAGAGAUGGGUCUUUACCAGAGGGUUCUCUUCGCGAUACUGUUAUACUUCGGCGCGAUCUUCAUGUUUGUCUACUCAGUGCAGAUGUUCGUGGCAGCUACACCACAGGAGCACUGGUGUAGGGUUCCGGAGCUGGGGCACUUAGAUCAGGAACUAAGGAGGAACCUAUCCAUCCCUGGCGCAGCGCAAGGUCGCGAUUGGGAUAGAUGUCUAAUGUACGACGUCAACUGGACUACUGUGUUGGUGAAUCUGACUCCACCGGAUCCCGGAUCGCCGACGAAACCCUGUUAUGAUGGAUGGGAGUUCUUGUUUAACGAUAUACCCUACGCUACGGUUGUAAGUGAGAGAGAAUGGGUAUGUGGAAAAGCAAGCUACGUGCCUAUAGCUCAGGCAAUAUUCUUCUUUGGCUCGCUUAUCGGCUGUAUCCUGUUCGGUUGGAUUGGAGACUUGUACGGAAGAGUUCCUGCUAUUGUAGGUUCAAAUCUUAUCGGAUGCGUGGGUGGAGUUGCGAGUUGUUUCACAGUUGGAUUGUGGGACUUCGCAUUCUGUCGGUUCCUCGUGGGAUUGUCGAAUGAUUGCUGUUUCAUUAUGGUGUAUAUUUUAGUAUUAGAAUACGUGGGGACGAAACAUCGUACUUGGGUGUCUAAUAUGUCCUUUGCGAUCUCUGGCUGCGUUGGAGCCACAAUGCUGCCAAUAUUGGCGCUUUGGCUGCUAGAUUGGCGGAAGCUGUUGUUGGUGACAUCUCUGCCAAUGUUGGCUGCUUUGGCCAUACCUUGGAUAGUUCCAGAGAAUGCCAGAUGGUUAUCGGCAUCAGGGAAAGUAGACCGCGCCAUCAGCGUGCUCAGGAGAUUCGAGAGUGUAAACAAAAGAAGGAUACCCGACGAUGCGAUAGAAGAAUUUAUUAUAGUUUCGAACAACAAGCAAGAAACGGACGAAUCUCUAAUAGGACUGUUCAAAAGUCCACCGAUGAGGUCGAGCAUUAUGGUUCUGAUCUUAGUUUCUAUGAUGAGCGGGGUGACCAUUGACGCGCUGAUCAGGCUCUCUGAGAAUAUAGGGGAUAAUUUCUACUUGACUUUCACGCUAUCAUCGAUAUCUGAAGCUCCUGCCCUGAUCAUAGUCACGCUAUUGCUGGACAGAGUAGGACGACGUUGCAUGAUUUCGAGCACACUGCUACUCACUACUGUUCUCUGUUUCGCCUGUGCAUUCGUGCCAAAAGGUGUUUCACAAAUGAUCGCGGCAGUUCUGAGCAGGUUCGCAGUGAAUAUGUCGAUAAGUGUGCAAGUGCAGUUGGGAACUGAAUUGCUGCCGACUCCCGUGCGUGCCACGGGGACCUCCUUAUUACACGUCACCGCUUUCUUCGCAACGGCAUUCUCACCAUUUGUCGUAUAUACUGGCCGAUACUGGAGGCCGCUGCCGCUGUUCAUUCUCGUCGGAUUAACGCUGUUCGCGUGCGGCUUGGCUUUGUUGCUCCCCGAAACCAAAGGUCGGCCUAUGCCGCAGACCAUAGUCGAAGGAGAGAAAGUCGUGAAUGAAACUCUGCUGUGUCGGAAACCAGCAAAUGAUGAAGAAUUAGAAGACUUGUCGCAUUUAAGAAGAUCUGUUGAAUAA